AUGCGAGAAGACGCGAGAUGGGGAGGAGGCCUAGAUCGCCCCGCACAAGCUCCAGUCCGGUUUUUGCCUCCAACUGCUGGCUCCGUCCCCACCCGCUGUCCCUCGCCCGCCCCGCCCCGCCCCGCCCCGCCCCCCACCUUGGGGCAGGUGAGCCGCGGCCAAUGGGCGGGCUCGGGGCAGGUGCCCGCUAACUCUCGCCUCGCAUCGCGGUGGCCGAGCCCGGGCUGGACAGUGCUGGGAGGACUGGGGGCGGGGGUCGGUCCUGGCUGGACUCGGGAGGGAGGGGGCCGGGCUCAGCCCCCAGGCCGUAGAGGCAGCUCGCAGCAUCGCACGGAGCCCGCGCCAGUGCCGGCGCCGGGAGCUGCCCGCUCGGCCGCAGAGGCCGGCGAGCCUAGCUGCGCGCCGUGGCCCGACUCUCCGUUCACUGGCUCGCACACCCCUCGCCGCUCAGCGCCUGGCUCGUGGGCAGGGGCUGAGCGCGGGCGGGCGGGCGGGGGAGGUGAGGGGUGCUGGUGUGUGUGCAUGUGCCUGGCUGGGUGCACACCCCGCACGGCGGCGGCGCCAGGACGCGGAGCGCUCCCCAGCGCCCGGCUGCCUCGCUCGGCUCUGGCGGCCGCGACCAUGUUCCAGCCCACAGCCAAGCGCGGCUUUACCAUCGAGUCUUUGGUGGCCAAGGACGGCGGCACCGGCGGGGGCACUGGCGGCGGGGGUGCAGGCUCCCAUCCCCUGGCGGCGGCCGCCUCGGAGGAGCCGCUCCGGCCCACGGCGCUCAAUUACCCUCACCCCGGCGCGGCCGAAGCGGCCUUCGUGAGCGGCUUCCCCGCCGCCGCGGGCGCCGGCCGCUCGCUCUACGGCGGGCCCGAGCUCGUGUUCCCCGAGGCCAUGAACCACCCUGCGCUGACCGUGCACCCGGCGCACCAGCUGGGCGCCUCCCCGCUGCAGCCCCCGCACUCCUUCUUCGGCGCCCAGCACCGGGACCCUCUGCACUUCUAUCCCUGGGUGCUGCGAAACCGCUUCUUCGGCCACCGCUUUCAGGCGAGCGACGUGCCCCAGGACGGGCUGCUUCUGCACGGCCCCUUCGCGCGCAAGCCCAAGCGGAUCCGCACGGCCUUCUCGCCCUCGCAGCUUCUGCGACUGGAGCGUGCCUUCGAGAAGAACCACUACGUGGUGGGCGCCGAGCGGAAGCAGCUGGCCGGCAGCCUCAGCCUCUCCGAGACGCAGGUGAAGGUGUGGUUCCAGAACCGGAGGACAAAGUACAAGCGGCAGAAGCUGGAGGAAGAGGGGCCCGAGUCGGAGCAGAAGAAGAAGGGCUCCCAUCACAUCAACCGGUGGCGCAUCGCCACGAAGCAGGCCAACGGGGAGGACAUCGACGUCACCUCCAAUGACUAGGGUGGGCGGUCACAGACCCACGAGGGCGGAGCACUGCUCGCUGCUGGCCAGGCCCCUCGGCGGGCCCAGCAGGACUCUGGCCACUCCUUGGCCAGGCUGCGUGGAGGCCUCAGGUCACGGCCCCAGAGGGCUUGGAGCCUGGGGCCACCACCGACAGAGGGACAAGAAAUGGGCUGGCUGAGGCCCGGGACUGCUCGACCUUCUCCUCAGAGAGCCUGCCUGCCUGAGCAGGCUGCAGGCCACUGCAGCCUCCCAGCCACUCUCCAUUUCUCUUAUCUCCUUUUUGUUUCGAUGCGUUUCUGUUUUAAUUUAUUUUCCAGGCACCCGCUGUAGUUCCUAGUGAUCCCCUUGUGUCUCCCUUCCCUAUGGGAAUAAUAAAAGUCUCUCUCUUAAUGA